UGUGGGAUCUUCCCAGACCAGGGCUCAAACCCGUGUCCCCUGCCUUGGCAGGCGGAUUCUUAACCACUGCACCACCAGGGAAGUCCAAAAACACCCUUCCUUUAGAAUGCAAGUAGGCCUAGAGGUAAUAGUCCUUGACACCUGGGUAAAUGUUAGGUCGGCAGGGUUUCUCUGCAUCAGGAAGGACGUGAGUCGGGGGAGGGUCAUGUGAUGAUAAACAUGGCUUCCUAAGCAGUUGCCCCUGGGGAAUGGGCUUGGGAGACAAGCUCGCCUUUGCAAACACAGGGCCAGGGUAGUGCCUCUUCCCUCACAUUCCUAAAGGCAGCUCAUACUCAGACACAAGAGGAUACUGACCCCAUUAGGGCCAGAGAUAACCACUCCUCUAAUUACCCCUGAGGCGACUCUGCCAUCAGCAGCACAACUCUCUGAGCAGGAGCCCUUGCCAGCCAGGGACCCCACUGCAGCAGGAUCCAUGUGACCGCAGCUUCUGGGGGCCCAGGUGGAUCUAGGCCAGGAAAGUGGGAUGCUGAGGGCUCUCAGCCCUGCCUCCUGCACAUCUCCCAACCCGAACAAGGAGAAUCCAAGAAAGAAGGUCCAGUGGGCUUCUGGGAGGAGGAGGACGUCAUCCACAGACUCAAAGUCCCAGUCCGACCCCUCCAAAGCGUCCAGGUCCCGGAAACUCAGCCGGCUGACGGUGAAGUAUGACCGGGGGCAGCUCCAGAGCUGGCUGGAGAUGGAGCAGUGGGUGGACGCCCAGGUUCAGGAUCUCUUCCAGGAUCAACCAACUCCUUCUGAGCCUGAGAUCGACCUGGAGGCUCUCAUGGAACUAUCCACAGAGGAGCAGAAGACUCAAUUGGAGGCUAUUCUCCAAAACUGCCCCCGCCCCACAGAGCCUUUUAUCUCUGAGCUGCUCAGUCAACUCAAGAAAUUUCGGAGACUCAGUCGGCCUCAGAAAUAAGCCUUGUGAGACUACCCUCAUCAGCUUCAGCACUGCCAGGUCUGCCCUGAACCCCUGGAUCCUGGGCUGAGAGGGAAACAGCUCCUUGGGACACAGACAAGGAACAUGGAGAGUGAGGAGGGACAUUUGGACACCCCUGUCUAUGUGCAGUCACAGCUAAUUCCUGUCAGCUGGGCUUUCUGGGAGCCAGUCAUGGCUAUGGCCCAGUGCUUUCCUCGGCAGCCAGUGAAUAAAACCUUGAGGAGCCCCA